AUGGCAUCGAUGGUUGGUCACAAAUAUGGUGUGUUGAGAUGGAGCAAGACAGGAAAGAAAACGGUAGAAGGAACAGCGGCGGGACGCGGGAAUAACAUCGGUGAUGGCAGUGUGCUUCGUGCUAAUUCCGGUGUUGGCAUCAAUGGGAUAUACACUGAGCCAAGGAUGGUGGUCGCUGCUUGUAGCGGUUACAGCCACCGGGAUGUUGGAAGCUUACAUGGCGCAGCUAGAUAA